AAUGUGUUAACAGCUUAAAAGCUACUAUAUCAAAAGAUCUCUCUGAUUCCAUCUCACUCAAAUCAAAUUUUUAGCAUCAAAUAUCAAAAGUCAAGAAGAAAAAUACACACACUACACACGGUAUAGAAGAUUAUCAUAGUAAUAUGGGGAGCAACUACUUCGGCGGUACCGAGAGGGGCUCGGGUGGGCUUUCUUCGUCUUCGUCUUCCUCAUCAUCGUCGAGAAAAGGGAAGAAGAGCGGCUCGGAUAAGCCGAAGCAGCCGCAGCGGGGGCUCGGCGUUGCCCAGCUUGAGAAGAUAAGGUUGCAUAGUCAACUCGGAAGCACAUAUUUACCUUCGGUUCAUCACAACCCUUAUGCUUCAAAUUUAUAUCAGGAGGAUGUGAGGAUGCAAUCAACACACUCGUCGUCGUUGUCGUCGUCGCCGUUGGGGGCUUAUGGCUACCAGGGGCACCAUGGAGUCAUGAUGGGGUUGCCAGAUUUAGAUAGGGCAAAUCUUGCAUAUGGAGAUUCCCAACCCACCAAUGUAGCAAGAUGGAAUCAUCAUAGCAAUGCCGGCUACGAAACUCAACAUUUCGUUGAGCCCAACAUGACUAGAUCCUUCUUUGAACUGCCGGUUCAGGGUUCCAACAAUAUGAACAUGAGUAGUCAGAACUCAGACUCAAGUAGCUCACAAGAUAUAGAUUUGGAGCUCAAACUCUCAUUGUGAAAUGCUUCAACAUUGUAUAUUUGAUUACAGUUUGAUAUAGAAGAUUGCUAUAUAUGUGAACUGCAAUUGAUAAUGAAAUUGAUCCAAGUUUGCCAACUUUCUUCUA